AUGGGUCGAGGGAGAGGGAUGCCUAAGAAGAAUAAGGCGUCGUCACCAUCGAUUCUAACCACCCUCUUGCAACAAAGUUUUAGGAAAGAUGAUUUAGAGAGAGGAUCAAUUAUGGAUACUGAAUCCAACUCAGUGAAGAGUUGUGAUGAGAAGAAGGAAACGCUAGAAGUCAAAUUCUCUAAAACCCCCGCAGUGGUGAAUGUAGAAUCAGAAACAAAGGAAAACAUUGAUGUACCAACACCCAAGCUCUGGAUUGACAUCAUAAGUGGGAACAAAAUUCCAUCUAAUGGAGCAACAAUCGAGUUUGUCUCCCCAAGCAUAGUGGAAGGAGAAAUUGAAGUUGACAUUGAGGAAGCUGACAUUGAAUUUGAGGUAAAACUCUGGGACUCAGCUCUAAUAAUGUAUGUCAUAUGGAAACAUCUUAGCAUGAAUGCAGUUAAGCAAUAUAUGAUAAAAUUUAGGAACUUUGUGAAAUUACCAUAUUUAUAUUACAAUGAGGAGGGUUAUUUCAUUCUGAAACUUAAGUCUCAUCAAGAGAAAGACUUCGUUGUGAUGAGGGUCCUUAUACCAUACAAAAUAUGCCUAUGGUCCUUAAGAAUUGGUCUCCUAAUUUUGAUUUAA